UCUCCCCAGCCUGACAGCUUGUUUCUCUUCCCCAACCUGGCCAGGUUGGCAAAGCAGCAGCCUCCGCUGCUGCCCGAGAGGUCCUUCUGCUUUCCCUGUCAUCCGAAGCGGGCAUCCUGAUCACCGGAGGAAGUGGAAGUGGCUUCUCGGGGGCAUCUGUUUCCUACCUGCUUGGUUGGGUCCUCCAAUGAUCUCCCGGGCAACAGAGAGGAAAUCACUCCCAACAGCCACUGCAUGGAGCAAGAGCUCAGGCUUUGGCUAACUGGUCGGGGGCUCCCUUUCCUCUGAGCCCAGUUGCUUGCUGGGUCCAAAUACCUGGCGGAAGACAUUUUCAUCCCCUCUUCCUGCCCUGUGGUCCUCCCUCUCUCGGCUCUUGCUCAUCGCUGCCCAGUUGGAUUCCCACAGUCAAAGCCCAGGUUUCUGCAUGAAUGAAGGUGACCAACAGCUGCAACUCAGGAUUCAACUCCUUGGAAGAGGCGUAUGUCUACAUGAGCCUAUAUGGCGUCAUCUUCAUCGUUGGGCUCACUUUCAACGUCCUGGCCCUCUGGGUCUUUUGCUGCCGGAUGAGAAAGUGGACAGAGACCCAGGUGUACAUGGUCAACCUGGCUGUGGCUGAUGGCUGUCUGAUCUUGGUUUUGCCCAUUGUCAUUUACUUCACCAAGAUGAGCUGCUCUGAGGACCUCUCUUGCCAGGUCCCCCAAGGCAUCUACCUGGUCAAUGUAUACAUGAGCAUCAGCAUCCCCACGGCUAUCGGUGUGGACCGCUACGUGGCCAUCAAGUACCCAUUGAAGGCCAAAGCCCUUCGAACCCCGGGUCGGGCAGCCAUUGUCUGUGUCCUUCUCUGGGUUGUAGUCAUCACUAUGAUGGCUUUUCGUGUCAUAUGGCAGAUCCACGAUGGUGCCUUCUGCUUUCAUAAGACAACUGAGAUCCAUACCUCAAUGGUACUCUUCUCCCUGCUGGGGGUUUUUCUCCCACUGGUGAUCCUUGUCUUUUGUACACUCCAGAUCGUGUGCACUCUAUUGAAGGUUCAGAGAAGGGAUAUAUCUGAGGUCAGACAGAUCCGCAAGAGUGUGGCCAUGGUGUGUGCCAACCUGGUUGUGUUUGUCGUUUGCUUCUUGCCCUUGCACAUAUCAAUUGUGCUCAACUUCUUCCUGGGACAAAAUGACAGAUUCAAAAAGGUCUUCAAAGUGGUCACCCUUCUGUCCAAUACCAACUGCUGCCUGGAUGCCAUCUGCUACUACUUUGUGGCCAAGGAGUUCCAGCAGGUGAAUCCGUUCUUCUUCCUCAGGUGCAGACAACCCAGACGUGUGGCCAAUCGGAGACAAGAAUUGCAGGACAAGACUUGUACAACCCUAAUGUAGCCUGAGUUCCAGCAUCCCCAAGCUCAGCAAUUACAUAGAUUGGGUGCUAUCUUGACUCCCAAAUCAUCUCUCCUCUGCUGGUUGGACUCCCACCCAGUUAUCACUGAGAAAUCUAGACUAAACCCCAAUAAGACUCCUCUUCCCCCUCUUUUGAUUUAGCAACCCCAAAUGCUUGACUUUGGCAUUGCUUGAAAGGCAACCCUGAGGCUGGAGCUGUCCAGAAAGUCCCCUUGCUCAGUCCAGAAGGAUGGAUUCUAGAACCUAGAACUCUCUUCUCAAGUUGCAUGGGUGGGAGAGAGAGUUCAAGCAAUUCUUGUGAAAGCUGAUGCGGAGCCCUAGGGGCUGGGUGGUGGAUGAUGGGAGAGAAGAGUGUGUGCCCGAGGACUCUUUGCUCUCAGUGUUGCUAUUAGCUGAUUGGUUUAUGGAAAAGACAAAAAGAGACUAAGACCCAGAACUGGAGGCAGCUCCCACCAAUAUUAGGUUGGAGCUGACCAUGUCAUCCUCAUGUUUCACCAAGUUCUUCCUAUUGUCCUACCCUGUCACCAUCACCACUCUACCCUCCCAUGACUCUGGAACCACGCCAUCCUGACUGGUGGGAGCUCACUCCAGCUAGCCACUUCCACUUGCCUGCUUCACUGACAUCUUCCUGGUAUAUCACUGCACCCAAACACUGUUCCUGUUCCUGUCCCUUCCCAGCUCUUGCUCUAGAAUUGAUAAUUGAAUCAACCAGAUUGUCUCUUCCAGAAAGGGCACAUCAGUUCCCUAUCCUUUGUUACCCUUUGGGCUUUUUUAUAUUUAUAUCCCUCGUGGUUAACAGAGUGGCUGACACAUAUUAAAGGCUUAAUAAAUAUUUUUAGUU